AUGUCAACACCUUCAGCUAAAAAAAUCAAAUUAGACAACAUACCACAAUGUCCUUAUGGUAGUAAAUGUUAUCGUAAAAAUCCAGCUCAUCUCAAAGAAUUUUCACAUUCCGAUCCUGUAUCACAUUCUAUUACUCCAAAACUAGCUACGACUGAUACUGAUAAAACAUUACCAGUAUGUCCAUUUGGUGCUACAUGUUAUCGAAAAAAUUUAUUACAUUUUACAACAUAUAGUCAUCCAUUCGAUCUUUUAAAUCCUGAUGUUGAUAGUAGUGAUGAUGAAGAAAUCGAAAAAAAAACUACAGAUCAAUUAAAUACAACAGAUGAUAGUAAAAAACGAAAAAUUGAAGAAGAAGACGAUGGUGAUAAAACAGAAGAAUAUGAUUCGGAUGAUGAAACUGUCUAUGAUGUAAAAUUGGAAAAAACAUUUUCUAAAAUGACUGAUGAUGAAAAACGUUUAAUGAUUGAAAGAGCAUUUGAAUUAAAAGAAAAAUUGCAAGAAAAACUAAAACAAUCUCGUGAAGAAACAGAACAAAGUAAAAAAGAAAUUGAACAACUUCACGGCAAAAUUAGUGAAGGUGUAUUAUUAUUGGAAGGUGAAGAAGAAAUACUUAAAGGAACUGAAAUGAAAUAUUUUGAAUUAUUUCCAGAACGAAAUUACAAACAAGGUUCAGCUGCGGAAGUACAUUUUCGUUUAGCUGAAUCACAAUUCUAUCGUUUAUUAAGUGGACAUGCUACAGCUCAUGUAAAUAAAGUCGAAUAUGUUUGUAAUCCAAUUUUAAUCAAUAAAUUCAAUAAAGCACGAGAAGAAUUAAAGAAUAAACGUGGUGACGAAUAUUCUUAUCCGGUAUUAGCUUUUCAUGGUACAGCUAUUGCUAAUAUUCAACCCAUAUGUGAAAAUGGUUUUAAAGUACCUGGUCAAGCUGGAUUUAAGCACGCGACUGAUGAUGGUUAUUGGGGUCGAGGAACAUAUUUUAGUGAAUAUCCGAAUUAUUCGAUGGGUUAUAUAAAAGGCGCUACAAAAUUAUUAUUAUGUCAAAUCUUGCAAGGAAAAGUAUUUCAAUGUACACAAUUAAUUCAUGGUGCUGAUCUUAAAGAUGGCUAUGAUUCACAUUGUUCACCUGAUAAAAAGGAAUUGAUUAUUUUUCGUAGUGAUUAUAUUCUUCCUCAAUAUAUUGUUCAUUAUAAAAUUAAUGCUGGUGAAUUUCGAUAUACAGCUAGUCGUGCUACAAAAGAAGCAAUAAAGAAAAAACUAGCUAAAAUUGGAAAAUUAUAUAAAAAAGCAAUAGCAGUAAAAGAUAAAAAGUACAUAUUUAUUUUUAUUCAUAAACAGAAAUGUUUUAAGGCUGAUCUCGGUCCCGUAACUUGUUCUUUUAAUUAGUUACGGGAC